AUGGAAGAAGUUAAUAAAACUAAAAAUGGGAAACAUAGGACUGAAAGGCGAAAAGCAUACACUGCACACGGUGAACAAAUGUUGAUUAGUGAGAAUUUCGACAUUUUUAAAAUAAUACAUAAUAACCAUCAUAGUACAAUUGCAUUAUCGAAUUUUGCUAAUGCUGUGGUGGAGAAAACAAAUGUCACUAUUAAAAAAUUUAAGACAAUGUCAUCAACUAAAAAUGAAACUGAGAUUUUGAAAAAUUAUAAGAGGAUUGUAAGAGAGGUUAAACUAUUGAAUUUCUUGAAGUUUAGUUCAAACAUAAUUCAAUUAUACGAUAUAGAUGUCAUUUGUACUAAUGAUAUACAAAUUCCGAUGGAUGUCUAUCUAUAUGAGGAAGCGAUGGAAUCUGAUCUAGACAAAAUUAUUAAAUCUAAUCAACAUCUGUCAGACUUGCACUAUCAAAAUUUUUUAAAUCAACUAUUAUCUGCAGUUAAAUAUUUACAUUCUGCAGGUAUCAUUCAUGGUGAUAUUAAACCAAGUAAUGUGCUGGUUAAUUCGGAUUGUCAAAUUAAAUUAACAGGUUUUUCUUAUUCGGUGUCAACUGAAACUAAAAUAACUUCUAAUGACACAAUUAAAAGUAACGACUCACAAUCUUCAAAAUGGUACAGAGCUCCGGAACUGAUUUUAAAUUACAACGAAGUGUCAGAAGCAAGCGACGUAUGGUCUAUCGGAUGCGUGUUGGCAGAAUUAUUUAGCAAGAGAGCAUUCCUUAAGUCAAAAGACUAUCUUGGUCAACUUAAUCGACUAUUACAAAUAUUGGGAACACCUCCGCAAAGCGUACUCAGUAAAAUAAAGUCCAGUUCGGUCAAAGAUUACAUAAACAGGUUAGGCAUAAUACCAAGAGUCCGUUUCAAUAAAUUUUUUUCAAAUAUUAACUUCAUCUCAAUCGAUAUGCUAGAAAAGAUGUUACAAUAUGAUACAACUGAAAGAAUAACAAUUGAUGAUGCAUUGAACCAUACAUAUUUAAAGAUAUGGCAUGAACCCAAGGAUGAAUUUGUUUCAAAGGAAAAAUUCUCUUUUGAGUUUGAGAACAUUACUUCCUUGACAGAACUAUGUCAACUAAUCAUAAGGGAAGUUGACGAUGACUCAACAAGCAUGGAUGAAAAUGGCAAUAUCCAAUAUGCAGAAAAACCCACACUGCAAGAUACAGAUUCAAGUGAGGAAUGGAUUACGUAG